AGCCACCAUAGUCGAUUGUAUACCGGGAGCCAGAGCGUCUGACAUUAGAUCCAAACUUAAAGUGCUGGCUAAUGCUAACCGUAAGUUUUCUAAGAUUGUUAUUCACGCCGGCACGAAUGACACCAGACUCCGCCAGUCGGAGAUCACAAAAGAUACUAUUAAAGAGGUGUGUGAAAUUGCAAAAACAAUGUCAGACAAUGUAAUUUGCUCUGGUCCCCUCCCCGCCUACCGGGGGGAUGAAACUUACAGUAGAUUAGUGUCUCUUCAUGGCUGGAUGUCAAAGUGGUGCCCCCAGCAUAACGUAGGGUUUAUAGACAAUUGGAAGCAUUUCCGGGGAAGACCUGACCUGCUAAAGAGAGAUGGCCUCCAUCCGUCUCCGGAAGGAAGUGCUAUACUCUCUAGAAAUCUGACCAAUAGUCUUACUUUUGAUAUUGUCUGACUAUCCAGGGCCCAGGUCAGGAAACAGACAGAUCGGCUUACCCAUCAGUCUGUUAGCUGCCUUGACAUGUCAAGAUCACAUAUAUCCCAGCACAUAGAGCCUUUUUUAACAGAGUACCAACACAUCUCGACUGUGUCUGUUCCUCGAACAAAUAAAUACAGAGCACCGUUUACCUCGUCUCGCACAAAUCUUAUUAACAUAAAACUAGAACAUAAUACAUUAACAGAUGAAACUCAAAUGUUAAAAUUCUGCCUUCUUAACAUUAGAUCACUUACCAACAAAGAACCAAUUAUCAAUGAAAUAAUUACUGACCAAAACUUAGAUGCACUCUGUUUAACAGAAACCUGGCUUAAAGCAGACGAUUACACCAGUUUAAACGAAUCCACCCCACAAGACUAUUAUUAUAAACAUGUUCCUCGUCUAAUAGGGAGAGGGGGUGGUGUAGCUACAAUAUACAAUAAAAUAUUCAAAGUAAACCAUAAAUCCAACCUAAAAUUUAAUUCGUUUGAAAUAAUACUGUUAAAUAUGGAAAUAACUGAUCGCAACAACAAACGACUUUCGUUCAUUUUAGCUACCAUAUAUAGGCCUCCAGGCCACCACACAGAUUUUCUUAAAGAAAUAGCAGACUUCCUAUCUGAGCUUACAGUCACUGUAGAUAAAGCUCUUAUCGUUGGUGAUUUUAAUAUCCAUGUGGAUAAUCCAAAAGAUGCAUUAGGACGUGCGUUUAUAGAUGUUCUAAAUUCUCUCGGCAUUAAACAAAAUGUGUCAGGGCCCACGCAUACUCGUAAUCACACACUAGACUUAAUUCUGUCACUCGGACUCAAUAUUAAUGACAUCGAAAUAUCACCCCAGAGCGAUGCCGUUUCAGACCAUUGCCUUGUCUCAUGCACAAUACUUCUAGAUAGGACCGCUCAGUCUACAACAUGCUACAGAUUAGCCAGAACAAUAAUUUCCACCACUAAAGAUAGCUUUAUUAGCACUCUUCCAGACCUGUCCCAAAUGAAACAUGUAGCAGAUAAUCGUGAAGAUCUAGAUAUUAUAAUAGAAAACCUGAACAACGUCUGCUCUAGCACGUUGGAUGCCGUUGCUCCCAUUCGAAAAAAGAGAAUCAAAGAAAAACCGCCAGCUCCAUGGUAUGACCAUCAUACUGCAGCCCUUAAAAAAGUAGCUAGAAAAAUGGAAAGAAACUACCGAAGCACAAAGUUAGAGGUAUGGCGUUCAGCAUGGAAAGAGAGUGUUCAACACUACAGACAGGCUAUUAAAACUGCCAGAUCUACCUAUCUCAGUACGCUUAUUAAAGAAAAUCAUAACAACCCUCGUUUUCUAUUUAGCACAGUUGCGAAACUGACUAGAAACAAAGAACAAACAGAAACCAAUAGUAAACUCCAACACAAUAGUGACGACUUCAUGAACUUCUUUACUAACAAAAUUAUGUUUAUUAGGGAAAACAUAGAAACUAUGCAAGCAGCCAUCACGAAACUCCUGUAA